AUGUCGAAGAAGAUGGAACCUCAGAAAAGCACAUUGCGACAUAUUACGAUAUUCACAGUGCCAGCUGGGACACCUGUGCCCAUCUCCGGCCCUGCUUAUCUUGGGCGGUAUAUAAAAGCCUCAUCUAUACCGCAUUGGGGGACAUACGUCGAGACCGAACAAGAUGUCCAAACCCGUCAAGGACUCUGUGUAGAGCUCGGACGGAGCUCGGACGGCGGGAUUAUUGUUCUUCAUCGUACGCGACAAAGGCGUGAAGAAACUGAGUCGCAAGCAGGCAUCAAGUAUGAGAAGACGGGGAAGUUCACAAGCUGGGACAAUGACUCAAUUGUUCGAUGUGACUUCUUGGCCUGUGGUUACUGGCCCAAUGGGACACGAACUGGCCAUGUCUGGCCUUUCGAACAAGGAUCCCGUGUCAUUGGAAGAACAACGAAAUACGAGCAUGAGCUUUGCCGCACGUGGAAGACGGGAUCUAUACCCCAGAUUGAGCCAACGGCCACUACUGGCACAUUUGAAGUUCCAAUCGGGAUGAGACGGAAGGUCGACGCACGUACCAAAUCAAUGGAAGGGACUUACGACAGCAUGGCUUCUACAAGCCGUAGGGCCUACGCUCUUGGGACUAACCUCGAUGGCUACCGAAACAAUAAACACAUCUCCCCGUCGAGGGAUUCUAAAACACAAACACCAAAGGUGACCCGCGAAGACCUAACCGAUCCGGUUGCAAUGUCUUCAAUGGUGACAAACUUGGUAGAAAUGCUAAAGAUUCCACGCUCUCCCUUUAUUCUUAAGCUUCUUCUCGACCAACUUGCUACAGACAAGGGAGGCCCUGCUUGGAAGGAAGUGCGUCAGAAACUCCGAUUGGCACUUGAGGAGGAGAUUCCCAAGUGUAAGAAAGAUGAGAAAGGGGCUUUGCAGAAUGCUCUUCAAGUCCUAUCAUAG